AACGGCUCUCAUAUUCCCAAUUUACUGGUUGAGUUGAAGUUCAUCAUUUCUUGUACCUGUCAUCAUGUUUGCAGAUGCACAACAUGUGCAGUAUAUCCUGCUAGCAGAGUUCGACAUUGACAAGGGAGCAUCUCUAAAUCACCAAUACCCCUCAGAAACUGGAACAAAUGAACAAAUACUUUCAGAACUUAUGUUACCAGAUGGUGCCCAUAUGCGCUCUGAAGAUUGGACAGUUUUCUUUCUUAACCAAACAAUUGAGGAAACCGAGAAAUCAAAUCAACGCAAGCUUGAUGAUGAUGUUGAAGAGAAGCCAUUGUUAUACGUGCUAAACCUUGUGCGCACUAAACAUGACAUUAAUGCAAGAAGAGGCGCUACCGUUCGGGCAAUGGCAAUUUGUACUAGACACCAGUACCUGCAUAUCUACAAGCCCGUCCUACUACUGGCUAUGGAAAAUUAUUUCUCUGCUCCAUCCAUCGCCAUUCUCGAAUCGCUUUACAAAGCCGUCAACUCUAUGGACUUAUCUCAGAUGCCUCACUUCACAUUUCACGAAAGGCAGAUAUUGAGAGCUGCUGAAAGCAAAAACAUGUUUGAAGAGAAGUUCGAGGCGAUGGAAGCACAACAGUCAAAUGGCGCAACUGACUCUGCAAGUUUAGCAAAAUUAGCGGACAUGGGCAUAUCAGCCGCAUAUAAUGGAUCAAACAUGCAAUUAGCCACAUCUAAUGGCAAUAACAUUGCAAAUGAUCGAAUGCGCCGAGGAACUUACAUUGAUUUGACUUCAGGGCAACGACGCGAAGUCCUUCCCACCAUUAGCAAGGAUCGUCAUUUUUUCGAAACCAAAGUUAUUUAUGAUGGCAUCAAGCUUCCUAUCCGUGUCCCCUUAACACUUAAUACCGAGGAAGUAGGCGAUUUUUCCUUGAUACAACUUAUCAGCACAUUCUCACCACCGACUAUCACUUCAUCCACACAUGCAUAUCACCCACACCUCGACUCUAAUGGUGCAACCACACACCCUAUUAUCAUCCUCUUGAACGCACUUAUCACACAAAAAAGAAUCAUAUUUCUGGGCCAUGGUCACCCUUCUGGUGAGGUUGCAAAUUAUGUUCUGGCAGCAUGUGCCAUGGGAAGUGGAUGUGGAACUACGUUGCGUGGCUUCACUGAACGGGCUUUCCCUUACGCCAAUCUUACUUCCGUGGAUGAUCUCUCCAAGUGCCCUGGCUUUAUCGCUGGUGUCACAAACCCAACAUUUGAAGACCAUCCAAGUUGGUGGGACGUGAUGUGUAAUAUUAGUACGGGCAAAAUCACUGUGAGCAAAGAAAUCCAACCGGCAAACUCGUCAUCAUCUACAUUCCCUGAUGCUAUCGAGGACAUUGCUAUGGGUUCCUUAUCCAUUGGUAGAUCAUCAACUACGUCUCUGGCUAUGAGUCGCAACUUUGGUUACGAAAUGAGUGAUACCAAUUCAGAUAACGAGUUUAUGAGCGAGGUUUUGGCAGCUAUCCAAGCACAUUACGGAGAGGCAUCCAUUAGAGCCAAAUUUGAAGACUAUAUGCAGCGAUUCGUUCGAUUGGCUGCGCUCUACGAGGAGGAAACGUACCAUUCCACUAAAAUAGGAACCAUGGGAAGCAAGAUUCCUGAUCCAUUGGGUAUACAUGGCCAAAGUUUGGUAUUUACCGAUGAGACAGCUCGACAGCGUGAACUAGCAUACAAUACAAAUCGAAUCGAAGGAUGGCGUCAGACGAUAUCUUAUCGCUAUUAUCAAAGGGAUUUUGCUACCCUUGGAAGCAAAAGUGUUAUCAAGAACAUGGAUGUCUACCGUCACAUAUCUAGACUUAAAAUGUUAAAACACUUACCAGAAGAACAAGUCAUUGCUCUCUUUAAGCUUUUCCUGGAUGUCAUCAAGACCGAUGAUCAGAUCACGGAGCUUUUAUCGUACUUACCUCAGAAUCAAGGCGGUCUUUUACCGCUGGGAUUCGGUCUCUUCCAUCCUUCAGCGCAAGUACGAAAUUACACUGUAGAGUUCUUUAACCGCCUUGAUCAUCAUCCAGUUGGACGAAAGUUUAUACAAUCAUUGAACCGUUUUCAAAAGCUGGCUUAUGAACGGCUCAAUCAGACUUCACCUAGCAACGAGCAAUCGAAUCGUCCCAAUACGCUAAUGGAUCGCCAGAACAGUUUUGGCAGAUCACCUACACCUACCGAUCACCUAGUUGUAGGUUAACGCGAUUGCAAUCCUUUAAACUUAUAAUUGUAUAAUUAUAGUAUUUUUUUAUAAAACCAAAUAAACCCGUGAAAGUCGAAAGUCAAAAAAUCAAUUAAU